AUGGAUCCCAAGUUGUACGUGUGUGCUUUGGCUGGAGAUAUGUUUAGACUGAGACAACUGAUCUCAGGAGAUGAACAUAUACUGGAAAGUUCAGAAACAGUAAAUUCGAACGGCAACAAUAUCUUACAUAUAUCAGCCAUCUACGGGCACGUCAACUUUACUCGUGAAGUACUGAGUUUAAAGCCGGAGCUGUCAAGCGAGUUGAAUGAAGCAGGGUUCUCCCCACUUCAUUUGGCUGCAGCCAAGGGGCACUUGGGCAUCAAGUUGUUGCUGGCCGUAGAUCCCGACCUCUCUUCUUUGAAGGACAAGCAUGGCCAACUUCCGGCACAUGCUGCAGCCAUGAAGGGCAGCUGUCCACCCCUGGAGAACAGGAUAGGCGUCGUGGGGUUCUUGAUGGGGUUGGAAGAGGUACAAAGUAUGGUCAAUGAGGGAGAUUGCAGCGGCAAUACCGCUUUGCAUUUGGCAGCGGCAAGAAACCUAAGAGAGCCUUUGCCUGGAAGCUAG